GAACGCACCGCUCGUUCUGUCGAAGGAUCCCUCUUGCCGAUCCCGAGGCGUCCGAUCCCAUCCCACCGAGAACAAGCCAUGGUGGUGGGGACGAGGUGGACGAUAACCAGGUCGAUGCCAUUGUCGAUGCCGAUGCAGAUGCAGAUGCAAAUGACGAUGAAGAUGGCGAUGCCGGUGCUGCGGGCGGCGGCUGUGGCUGUUUUCCGGCCCUUCCACCGCUCGAUCGCCACCAUUGCGACGCUUCCGGUGGACGAGGCCACGAUCGGCCUCCGCACCGAUCCCUCUUCCACCGGGGACGAAGCCAAGCGCCGGCUGGAGGAAGAGCUGGCCGCGGCCGUCCGGCCCUACCACGAAACCCAAACGCCGCUGGUGGUGCGRGGAGCCGUGGCGCACACGCAAGCCACCGAGCGCUGGUCGUCCCUUUCCUACUGGAAGGAGGUUUCCGACCGACACCAGCAGGGCGGYGRAGAUCCCAUGGUAGCGGUCGAGAUCGGUGGAUCSUACGGCGGCGCGGCCGGUCCCGAAGGCGGGGGGGAUCCGUCUUUCCAGCGCGCCGAGAUCCCCUUCUCGGCCUACCUGCAAUUCCUGGAGCUCUUCCGGGAGCGCCACGGAUCGGUGGGRUMCCUGCCGGGAGAAUCCGCCGRUGGCAGCGGCACACUUCCGCCGGAAGUCCCACCGGAAGAGCUCGUCUACAUGGCCCAGAACGACCUGCUGCCCGGCCUGUACCCCGACGUCAUGGUCCCGGCCUUUUGCGGCGGGGGCGAGMAUCGCGCCGGAGACCCAGCGGAGGGGGGCCUUUCCGUCGGGCUGGGCCGGCUCUACUCSGUCAUGGUGUGGCUCGGGCCGAGGGGAUCCGUCUCGCCCCUCCACAACGACCCGCUCGACAACUGCUUCAUGCAGCACGCGGGCCGCAAGCGCGUCCUCCUGUUCGCUCCGGGGGCAGCGGUCUACGCCGGCCACGGCGGCCAGCAGGCCAACACGAGCCCCAUCGACCCGGAGGUCCUGGACCGCGGCCCCCAAAGCCCGGGGGAUUCGUCCUCCGCACCGGAGGCCCUCUUGAGGGACUACCCGCUCUUCCUCGGGGAGGCCCCCGAUCGGUACGAGUGCGUCCUGGAGCCCGGGGACCUGCUGUAUAUCCCCGCGAGGUGGUGGCACCACGUGCGGUCCAUCGACGCGUCGGCAAGCGUCAACGCCUGGUGGAGGUAGCGCAGCAGCCGGUGAGCCAGGCAGCCAGCCAGCCAGACAGCGUGGGUGUGGGGCAGGGGCAAAGCGGUUGCGCCAGAGCGUUUUCCCUGCGAUCAAAGGCACGCACCCGUAGCACGAAGCGCUAGCACGAAGCGCUGGCACGAAACCAUAGUGACGAUUGCCUACUCGACAUAUGACAAUAUACAGAAGUCCCAACA